AUGUCUGUGACUGAACCUAAGAGCGCUGUCCUUCACCGGGAUACACGCUUUAUCCCGAAGAAGGCAAUUGGCGGCAAAGGUAGCUAUAUCUUCCUCGAAGAUGGAACCAAGUUCCUGGAUUCAACGGGAGGUGCUGCUGUAUCAUGUCUAGGACAUGGCAACCAGCAAGUCACGGACCUAAUCAAAGAACAAAUGGACCAAUUGAGCUACUGCCAUUCCGCAUUCUUCGGCACUCAAGUUUCGGAAGAUCUGGCCCAGCUCUUGGUGGAAUCUACUGGUGGAAAGCUUUCAAAGCUUUUCGUAGUCAGCUCAGGCUCCGAGGCUGUUGAAGCAGCGCUCAAACUGGCACGCCAGUAUUUCCUGGAACUCCCGACCCCCCAACCUGAGAGAUAUCGCUUCAUCGGCCGUCUACCCUCGUACCAUGGUACUACUCUGGGGGCUUUGUCUGCAGGUGGACAUGUUCAGCGUCGGCAGCCAUUCGAGCCUCUACUCUCGAAGAACACAUCCCACGUCUCCCCUUGCUAUGCUUAUAGAAAUAAGCUAGAUGGUGAGUCGGAUGCAGAGUAUGUGGCUCGCCUUGCUGCCGAGCUGGAUGCCGAGUUCCAACGCGUUGGACCGGAGACUGUUUGCGCAUUCAUUGCAGAGCCUGUUGUAGGCGCGGCACUUGGCUGUGUCCCUGCUGUACCCGGGUACUUCCGUGCAAUGAAAGAUGUUUGCGAGAAAUAUGGCGCUCUCUUCAUCCUUGAUGAGAUUAUGAGUGGUAUGGGACGUUGCGGGACGCUUCAUGCCUGGGAGCAGGAGGGUGUUGUUCCCGAUAUUCAGACUAUUGGUAAGGGGCUGGGUGGUGGCUACGCCCCCGUGUCCGGAAUCCUGAUCGGUGAUUCUAUUGUCCAAACUAUGGACAAGGGCACCGGAGUGUUCAGACAUGGGCAGACAUACCAGGGCCACCCAGUCUCAUGUGCUGCUGCGUAUGCUGUGCAAAAGACAAUUCAAGAACAAUCUCUCUUGGAAAACGUCAACGCUAUGGGUGCUUACCUCGAAGCACAAUUAAGGAAGACCUUCGAGAGCCAUCCUCACGUCGGAGAUAUCCGUGGAAAAGGACUGUUUUGGGGUAUGGAAUUUGUGAAGGACAAGGCUACCAAAGAGCCGUUUGAUCCCAAAGAUCGUCUUUCUUUCCUCAUUCAAGAGAAAGGACUGGAGCCCAAACAUAGUGUCUCGCUUUACGGCUGCUCGGGCACUGUAGAUGGAAUCAGGGGAGAUCAUCUUGUGCUCGCCCCGCCAUACAUUGUGACUAAAGAGGAGAUUGACAUUCUGGUGGACACAUUGGCGAAGGUUUUGGAAGAGAUAUUUGCCUCAUUCGAAAAGCAAUAA